GCUCAGAGCACUUUCCACUGGGACAUAUCAAACCCUCAGUUGAACUUCAUUGAGGCUUUGGCAACACUCGGUGCUACCUUAAGUCUGCAUUUCUUAUGUACGAGUCCCAUGCACUGAGAAGAUAUCUACGGCCGAACUGUGGUCAUUGUUCAUCCUGCUGUUCGUUAUCAUAAUUCGAAGUUAUCUUGCACGCUUUGCGUAUAAAAGAUGGGCAGCCCUAUGUAUAGUCCUACUUCACGCAGUCAUGUCUCUGCAGCAAACAAGUCAACCAAGUUUAAUAUCAAAAAUCGAGGUAUUCCGGCUCCCACCUCGCUGGCUUUUUGUGCGAGUGGAGACCGCAGACGGCUAUGUCGGUUGGGGAGAGAGCACCCUCGAAGGCCAUACUGAGUCCAUAGAAGGUGCAUUCUCCGAUCUCAAAGAGAGAUUUGUCGGUAGCGACGCAGAUGCAAUCGAAGAUAUCUGGCACCAUGCUUAUCGUGCUAGGUUCUACAGGGGCGGUCCUGUGUUGAUGUCCGCAUUAUCAGGCCUUGACAUUGCUCUAUGGGACAUCAAAGGCAAGAAGCUUGGAGUCCCAGUGUGGUCUCUUCUUGGAGGCAAAGUACGCAACCAAAUCAAGGUUUACGGUUGGGUUGGAGGCGACAACCCUCAGUCCGUACGUGAGGGUGCACUGUUGCGAAAAGAGCAGGGAUUUACGGCCGUAAAAAUGAGCGGCACAGGCCCUACUGGAUGGAUCGACUCACCUUCCAUCUUGAAUGGGACCAUACAGCGAGUUCAAGAAGUCAAGGCCGUCGGGCUGGAUGUUGGUAUCGAUUUUCAUGGACGUCUCCACAAAGGCAUGGCCAAACAGCUUGCCAAGCUACUUGAGCCUUAUCAGCCAUUAUUCAUCGAAGAGCCACUGUUACCCACGCAGGUUGAAGAAAUUGCAGACAUAGCUCAUGCAGUUUCGACACCUAUCGCUUCAGGAGAACGACUCUAUUCUCGGAGUGACUUUAGGCCAUACUUCGAGAAGAAAGCGCUUGAUAUAGCACAACCAGAUGUAUCACACUGCGGAGGGAUCAGCGAGCUGCGCAGGAUUGCAGCCAUGGCCGAAACAUAUGAUGUCGCUUUUGCUCCUCAUUGUCCCCUUGGGCCGGUUGCUCUUGCCGCUUGUAUUCAGGUCGGAUUAAAUGCUCCUAACUUUGUCAUCCAGGAAAUGAGCUGGCAGAUCCACUAUAACAGCGAUGACGCCGACUUGUACACGUACUUGGUCGACCCAUCGGUCUUCGAAGUGAAAGAUGGACAUGUUGCAGCCCUUCAAGGAGCUGGAUUAGGCAUUGAAAUCAACGAAGCCCUGGUCCGGGAACGAGCAGCUGAUUGUGUGACACGACCGGCUUGGCGAAAUGCUGUGUGUCGAGGUGAUGAUGGCGGUUUGAGAGAAUGGUGAAGGAGCACACGGGGUUCCGCACAAAUCAACGAUCUCUGAUUAUACAAGUUUUACUAUCGAAUUUCAUUAUCUUGUAAAUUGAUAUCUUUGUACCUGUAAAAUUUAUGGAAGUUGAUACCGAGA